UGUACCACACUCACUACCCCAAACCCAAAGCCCCAAACUAGUACUCCAAUCCAAGAGUGUAACUCCAGCAUUCCGCGUUUUAUCUCGCCACCCACCCUCACGGCCAACACUCCAGCCAGGUACGGUCCAGAUUAACACCAGCCGUCCAGCUUCUAGAGCUCUAGACAGACGACCGACGACCACCACCCAGAGAGCAGUGGCGGCCCUAGUGCCCCACCGACGUCUGCAAUUCGAUUCCAGACCUUAAGUCCAUAUUUCGCCCAAACUAGCAUCCCAAGAGUUUUCUUGUUCGUAGUAGAGUGCUUGUAGGAAAAGCAUAGAGAUUGUUGGUUCCUUGCUGAAGACCAUUUCCGGACUGUUUGACAGAGACAGAGUUCAUCUUUUUUUACAAUCUCCCACAACAACGGCUACCCAGGUGGCUGUGUACGCGAGUUGUUGUUGUUGUGUGGAACUUAAUUUUGAGAGAUUCAAGGACGCAUCAGUUAAGGAUAAGCUACUCGAUACAUUCAGGGACCAAAAUCUGCUUACUUUGUGAAACUGAGCAGAGUCUCAAUAAUGAUGGCUUUGUUCAAUUCUUGUGCAAAGAUACCUAUGGGGUCCCACAAAUUACAUUCCAACAUUCCCCACACACGCCCUUCUAGAUUUGCCACCAUUCACUGCUCUGUCGCUACACCAAUCAAACGCUACUCCAUCACUCUCCUUCCUGGUGAUGGCAUUGGCCCUGAAGUCAUUUCUGUUGCAAAGAAUGCUCUACAUCUCGUUGGCUCUCUGGAAGGAAUUGAGUUCGAGUUCAAAGAGAUGCCUAUGGGUGGGGCAUCUAUUGACAUGACGGGAGUGCCAUUGACUGAGGAGACUCUUACAGCUGCAAAGGAAUCUGAUGCCGUUCUUCUCGGAGCUAUAGGAGGGUAUAAGUGGGACACCAACGAAAAGCAUUUGAAGCCAGAAACUGGAUUGCUUCAGCUCCGAGAGGGUCUUAAGGUAUUUGCAAACCUGAGACCAGCAUCAGUAUUGCCACAGUUGGUAGAUGCUUCAACAUUGAAGAGAGAGGUUGCCGAAGGUGUAGACUUAAUGGUUGUAAGGGAACUUACUGGAGGUAUUUAUUUUGGCAAACCAAGGGGUUUUGGCACAAAUGAAUAUGGUCAUGAAAUUGGUUUCAAUACUGAGGUGUAUGCAACUCAUGAGAUAGAACGCAUUGCUCGUGUGGCGUUUGAAACUGCAAAAAAACGUCGAGGAAAACUCUGUUCAGUUGAUAAAGCGAAUGUGUUGGAGUCCUCUAUGCUUUGGAGAAGAACUGUGACAGAAUUGUCCAAAGAGUAUCCCGAAGUUGAACUUUCACACAUGUAUGUGGACAAUGCCGCAAUGCAGCUCGUUCGCAAUCCAAAGCAGUUUGAUACAAUUGUAACAAACAAUAUAUUUGGUGAUAUUCUAUCCGAUGAAGCUUCAAUGAUUACUGGAAGUAUUGGUAUGCUUCCAUCUGCCAGUGUUGGAGAAUCGGGACCCGGAUUAUUUGAGCCAAUACAUGGGUCUGCUCCUGAUAUUGCUGGACAGGAUAAAGCAAAUCCUUUAGCAACAGUGCUUAGUGCUGCUAUGCUUCUCAAGUACGGAUUAGGGGAGGAGACGGCUGCUCUGAGGAUUGAGGCAGCUGUUUUGGACACUUUGAAUAGGGGAUUUCGCACCGGAGACAUAUACUCUGCUGGAGAUGAUAAAUUAGUCGGUUGCAGCGAAAUGGGCGAAGAAGUGCUGAAAUCGCUUGGAAAUGUUCCUGCACUGUGCGGUGAAUGACUGUUUUGCCCUUUUCGGUGUGCCUAGAAACUAUUAGGGGUGGCGUUGCGGCAUCUCAGACACUUUUUGGAGGAUGAGAAUGUGAUUUUGUUUUACUUUAUCUGUUGGUCAAUUAUGUGUGACACUAAAUUUCAUGAGAUCAACAUAUUUUGAUACGAUUAUGUGUUCAAGAUUUUAUAAAAUAUUGCAUAAAUAAUUUAACUGCUCCUUG